AUGCUCUUUGCAAGCACCCGGGCGACGGUGGUGCGUGAACUAGGUUCCGAGAAAUUUUCCGGUACCGUUUUCGCGACAGAUGAGGAGGAAAUUCUGAGCGAGGAGGUUUGGAAGGAAAGAGAGGCGGAUGAGAAUGUUGCAAGGGGUGGAAGCGGAAAUACCAUUGCGGGAGGUGUUAAUGAUGCGGAGCAGAGGCGGCAGGAUGUUAUGGGGGAACAGGAAAAGGCACUGGAUGCCAUCAGACGAGCAGAGGAUGAGGCGCGGAGCAUGUCGAUUAGGAGGGACAUCGGGAUUGGUGGAACAGUGGGUGCUGAUGGGACAGCUGAUAUUAAAGGCGUUCCGUUCCCGCUUGGGGAGGGGGUUCAGGAAGCCCUGCAGAGGUUGGAAAACGAGGAAGGAAUGGCUACUUUGCUGGGCAUUGAUAUCCCCACCGAAACUCUCACGCUUCGUUCCAUUGAAUCAAACGUUGCGCCUGCAUCGUUGUCCGGUCUGAUGCCGAAUUCGACGCCCCAAUACACUUUCUACCGGUACCCGAAAACAUCCGCGUUAGUCUUUGUUUACACAUGUCCGUCGUCAUCGGCCAUUAAGGAACGCAUGUUAUACGCCAGUUGGCGCAGGGGAACACUAUCAAUGGCUGCCGGACUUGGUUUAACGGUUUCUCAUAAGAUCGAGGCGUCCUCACCUGAGGACAUCACGGAGAAGAGAUUGCAGGAAGAAAUCGAUCCGCCGAGAAAUGAAGGUCCUCAGCGUGGUUUUGCAAGGCCACGCAGGCCGGGACGGUGA